AUCUGACUUUGACGCAGGCGCUCGAGCUUCCCCCGAAAGUAAAAACACACAGCAACAGCGGCAACAUGGCUCCCAAAGUUGAACUUGCAGCGGCGCUCUUCUGCCUCCUGUUCUGCUCCCUGGUCCAGCCGGCUGAGGCUUACGACUUCGGGGACGCGCUGGCCCUGCUGCUGGGAACCGUCCUCUCCGUGGUGGGUUUGUGCGCUUUCCUCGGCUGGUACGCGCGGAGGCGGAACGGGCAGCUGUGACGAGCCUCCUUCCUCCCGUCCCGUCCCGUUUUCACCAUCCACUGCGUCAACACUCCUUCGUGUGAGCUUCUACGGACCUCCUGGCGCAACCAAAGCGUCGCAAGAAACGUGCCUUAUUGGGAUUAAAGCUGCAGAUUGAUUGGGAACCGCGUGGAGCUGGAGUGGAAGGUGGAGGGGAGGACAUCCAGGAAGUCCUGAAAAAACAGGAACUGCUUCUGAGAUUGAGGACCAAAGACUGUUUACCGUCAUGAUGAACGGACUGCUGCAGCUAGAUUCUCCUUUAAAGAUGCCUGCACUGCAUAUUGCGCAUAUUUGACCAUGCUUGAAGUGAUCACUGUGAUGUCCUCAUGUGGCUGUAUGCCUCCAGUAUGCAACAGAGCAUUGUUUGAAGCACAAUAUCACCAGAGCUGGGUUACUUCCGGUCUGUGCUGUUUCAAUAUGUUACUGUAGCCGUGUGAGGAAUAAACUGAUUCAUGUGAGACGACUAAUGUCUUGUA